ACAAUAUGUACCUACCGUUUAUGUGAUGCGCUUCGCAAGGCGAAGGGAGGUCUUGCGGGACGGGAAUCAUUACGUUACGUCACAGUUUCAAUUCGUGUGGCUUAGUAUAUAUACAAAGAGAUAGCCAGUUCACACCGUAUUUCUUGCCGUUUUCUUUCUUGAGGCUGUUAGACACAAGUUUGUACUUUCGUUCGCUGUCACUGAAGUUCAUACGAUGUUAUCCUUCCGCAUUUUAGUUUUGUUUUCAUUGAUGGUUGUAUGUAAUUGUCGGCAAAGUGUCGAUAUAGCUGGACCAACGGGAGAUGAUGCUUUUUCAAAAUGCAACAGCGGUGGUGAAAGAGAUGAGAAUUAUAAACACCCUUUGGGACAUCUUGACGACUACAAACUGAACUAUGAGGAUAUAGACAGUUUGACAUCUGUUAUUAUCCAUUUCCGGAAUAUGCAGCUAGAGACCAAAGCUGUGAAGAACGCUGCUGUACCUUAUUUGCUGCUGCACGAUUACGUGAAGGCCACAGAUCAUAAGGAAUAUUAUGGUACUGUUGGUUACGACGCGGUGUGCGGCUGGGCGUCGCAACUUGUCAGGAUCAGCAUCAAAGUUAAUAUCUUCAAAAGCGGGAAUAUCGUGCUUGAGAACGGGUUGAAGGCUGGAUCUUGGGGAGCCGUCUCUUGCGCAUAUGUCACAUCGGGUAUUGGCAAAGUGCAAAUUAUUUAUUAGACGUGAUAACAGAAGUCGUUAGAUAUCUUUAAAAAUACUUUGUAUGUUCUGCCGUCCACUACUUAACUAGAACGCGGUUAAGUGACAAAUGGUCAAAUAUCCGUUUUGAAUAGCAAAAGAUAGAGCACAAAAUUCCCUUUUCAAAACAGUUAAUAGUUAUUUUUGAUACAAGUGCGGAAAGUUAGUCAUUAU